CCCCGCCCCCCGGUGCCGGUGCCGGUGCCGGUGCCACCGGAGCCCGUUAUGUGAGCGUGAAGCGUCGGCCCGACGGCACGGACCCCGCGGGCUCCGCUCCUCUUCGGGCGCCCGGCAACGCGGCACCGACACCCGAUGCCGCCGCAGCAGCAACCGGGGGCCGCCGCCGCCGCCGCCUACCCGGGCAAGUCGGGGUGGAGGCCCGGCGGCUGCGAGGGCCCGCCGGUUCCCCCGCGCCGCCGGCCCCGCCGGGGGGCCGCCGAGGCCCGCGGCCUCAAGUGCGUGCUGGUGGGCGACGGCGCCGUGGGCAAGACCAGCCUGGUGGUCAGCUACACCACCAACGGCUACCCCACCGACUACAUCCCCACCGCCUUCGACAACUUCUCCGCUGUGGUGUCGGUGGACGGCAGGCCGGUGAAGCUCCAGCUUUGCGACACGGCAGGACAGGACGAGUUUGACAAGCUGCGGCCCUUGUGCUACGCCCACGCGGACGUCUUCCUGCUGUGCUUCAGCGUGGUCAGCCCCGCUUCCUUCCAGAACAUCCGCGAGAAGUGGGUCCCCGAAGUGCGGCGUCACUGCCCCGGGGCCCCCGUGGUCCUGGUGGGGACCCAGUGCGACCUGCGCCAGGACGUCGGCGUCCUCAUCGAGCUGGACCGGGGCCGGGAGAAGCCCGUGGCCGGCCAGGCGGCCCGGCUGUGCGCCGACGAGGUCGGGGCCGCCGCCUACGUCGAGUGCUCGGCCCUGACGCAGAAGAACCUGAAGGAGGUCUUUGACGCCGCCAUCUUGGCGGGCAUCCGGUUCUCCGACGCCCAGCGCCUGCACCAGCAGCCAAAGAAAGCCAAGAGCAGGACUCCGGACAAAAUGAAAACCCUGUCCAAAGCCUGGUGGAAAAAGUACUGCUGCCUGGCAUAGCAGCCCCGGACACGGCGGGCUGGAUGGCGGAACCCACAUUAGCUGAGCGGACCGUGGUUUCAAUGUAUAGGGACUGUACAGAGGGGGGGUGGUGAGUGUGGAUGUGUGUAGGGAUGGGCGGGCCUCCGUUCCCGGUCUCCAUCCCUGGCGGUCCUUCUGGGCCUGAGAAGGCUCUCUGAAGGACAACGGCGGUCCCCCGGCCCCAUGCCUCCAGUUGUCCCCUCCCGCGGUGGGGAGGACGGGCCGUGGAAGCGACGGGCAAUCCGGGCCGCGUGGUGGGUGUGUCUGUGGACAGGGGCAGGGAGACCGCCCGGAAGGACCACCAUGCUUGGAGAACGGGGUCGGCUUGGGACCCCCGUGGAGCCACUGCCGUCAGAAGGGGCUCCCUCCCCCCAAUGCCGACCUCCUGGCAGGGGGCGGGCACUGAAGUUCAGGGGGUUGGCUCGCUGGUGGGUAGGGAGAGAAGGAGUGAGGAUGGCGGGGGGACCUUCCUGAGAGAGCUCACCCUCUUUUCUCCCAUGGCUCCUGGAGCCUGGAGAUACUGCUGAUCAGAGAUGAAGCUUCCCAGCACAAUGUGAGAUGAUGAAUAGGCUCUCCACCCCCCUGCCCACCUCCCCCAAGGCAGGAGACGGGUGCCCAGCUAAUCCAGUUUUCUGGAAUUCCUCAGACGAAAUCCCGGUCACCCCAUGUCAGUUGCUGCGGACAAGUCCUCACGUCUCUAGGGAGCGGCUCCCAGGAUGCCGGGCCUGGGGGCAGCGACCUGCCUCCGUUCCGGGCAGAGAGAGGGUCACCCUUGAAGCUGCUCGGUCGGGAGGGCUGGAAUCAACCCUCAAAGCUCCAAGGGCAGUGGUGGCCGUGGAGCUCAGGAGUCGGAAACAUCCUGGCUGAUCCCACCUGGUUUCUCCCCCUCCUCUGGGCGUCUGAGGGGGGACGGGGUAGGAAACGUCCCAGAACCAGGGCGCGUCUGUCACGUGCGCGCUUCAGGCGGCCAGCCCACUUCCAGAGCCAGAAAACGUUCUUGUUCUCUGGCUGGCGUCCCCGAAGGAGAUUUCGUAAUCCGCCCGUGUGGGGACGAGCCUGCCUCCAAACAGGGCGCGUGCCUCCCGUGUCCCGCCUCAUUCCAUUCUUCUCCCCAUCCUGGGCCCGCCGAGGUCCCGGGGCUGUGGGGGGUUCUCCGGAAUAUCUCCUCCGCCGAUCUGGAAAGAAGACGGGUGUUUCGCAAGCCGAAAGGAGGAGACAUUCCCCCACUCCACGUCGUCCGAGCCGUCAUGUGCCUUACUGUGCGGUGGUUUCGUGGCGAGGACUCUGAGCCUGGUUUUGUUUGAAAAGAUAAACGAGGAGCGAGGUCGA